AUGGAAUCAUGUAUACCUCAAAAUUUCUAAGUGGAAGGUACUUAGGAUUAUUUUCUUAAGUAAGAUUACAAAAAUAUGUAUUGCAUAAGUAUUGAUUAGACCGGAAUUUCCCUAGAAGGGGAGUUUUCGGCUGAUAUAUAUAAAAAUAUAGAAAUUUAAUUACAUAAAUGUGAGUAAGGUGGGGAUAGGGAAUGUUUAAAGAGUGAAGAAGUCGAGGAAAAACUGGAGAAUUUCGCAGUUACAAUGCAAAUUAGUGACACUACAGUUGAUAUUACUAAUAAAAAAUCUCCCUUUAAAAAUAUUGGAAAAAACCUAUUUUGGAAAUCAGGUCCUUCUUUUUAUAAAUUCGUUAAUAUUUACCUUAGAAAUAAUUAUAUUUAAUCCGAUUAUGGAUAUUUAGGCUCUGAUAUAAUCACAGAAAGAGCUGUAAGCUAUUCACAAGAUAGAGAACAAGUUUUAUAGAAAACUAGUUCUAUGUUAUUUAAUUUUAAUAUUGCUUAUGAGAAAAACAAAGAGUCGAUUUAUACUAGAACCUAUUUGAAAAUAGAUACUGCUUUGGCCUAAAUUGGAGGUAUGUUUAAUUUAAUGGUUACUAUAGGGUGUGCUAUUUGUUGGCCUAUUUCUGAAUUGGAACUUAAUAGGAAAUUAGUUUAACCCGAAAUUAGUAGAAUUAUUUUAAGAAAACUCUUUUGA